UAAUCAUUGCAUGACAGUUUCAGAUCUAAGGGUCUUUUUCUAUAGUGUUCAAGAUUCUAGUAACCUGUCUGCUACUUCAGGUUUGAAUUGCUUUUCUUUUAAUUAGGAAAGGUUGUUAAUUAAUUUAAUUAGGAAAGGUUGUUAUUGAGUUAUUUCUAACUUAGGAUGAUAGGUUUGUGGCUUUUGAAACCAAUUAAUAUACUGAGUAAAACACUAAAUGAUGUGAACAAGAUCCCUGCCCAUACCAAGUAGCAUUACAUCCUUGAGGAUUUUUUGUUGUUGUUGUUAAUGAUUUUGAAAACCUUUCCUACUUGCUGGCCUGUAUCAAUAGGACUUGCAGGGUAGGGAAUAACCCAUUUGUGUCUGCAGUGCGUAUUGCCAGUCUUCUGGGGCCCUGGCUCUUUGGAGAAUUCCUACUGUAGCAGGCAGAGCUAUUCAGGUUCCCUUCCUCUCCCCCAGUGUGAACCAGAGGGUGGAGGCAGGCAAUGGGAAGAAGGCAGGAGCCCAUGGAGGCCCAUGGGGAGGGUGUUUGGUGGUAGUGACUAUGCUGUUUUUAGAGCCCAGGUCUAGUCUUGGCCUUGUCUAUGGGGUGCCGUGCCAUGUGCACACAGGUACUUUUUUGAUUGAAGCUAGCUGAUAGUGUUGGUACUCUGGUAUUAUAGAUUCUUUAAAUUCUUCAAAAGUCUUCUUAAAUGUGCGCGCGCGCACACACACACACACACACACACACACACACACACCUCUUCUCCCUUUGAGCUUAAGAGUUGGUUUUUGAUUCUUGAAAGUAAGACUUCAGACACUUUAACAGAUUUGGCACUGGUCAAAUACAUGGUAGAGGCCCUUGUGGAGAAGAGCAGUGAUUUUCAUUUUCACCUUGGCUGCCUGUGGACUCUGUUCAGAGGUGACCCAAAGCAUUUAAGGAGGAGGACACAGGUGAUGUUGCUCAUUGGUCGAGGUAGCAGUUUUUGGCUAUGUUCCGGCAGGGCUCUGCACCACAUUGGCCAGCCCAUUGGAUCUCAUUGAAUGGAGCUUUUUACUCCUUGCUGCCUCGUCGUAUUACUUCUUUUGUCUCUCAACAUCCAGUUUGGGAAGUACACAGUAAUGCUCAGGAGCUAAUGCAUAACUUCUUGUGCAUAUUUUUGGAUCUGUCUUGGGAAUGUGGUAGUAUUUGUGGGGUUUUCUUUUUUUUGUGGAAUAGUUUUAGUCAAAAAUCAUGUCCGAUAGUAGUGAUGGCUUUCUAGUCAACUUUAUUGAGGUAUAAUUUACAUAUUAUAAAAUUGUGUUCAUUUUAAGUGUAAGUCUGUGUGCUGGUGUAAGCACAAUUAAGAUAUCGAACACUUUCAUUAUUCCAGAAAGUUUCCUUGUGGCACUUUGUAGUUCGUACUUCUCCCCCAACCCUACCACCAUAUUUUUGCCUUUUAAUAUAUAUUAUCUUGGGCCUUCUCCAUGUUGAUUUGUCAUCUUGCCAUUCAUGAGGAUAUUGUAGUAUAAAAAGGCAUGAUCAGGGUAUGUUCUUUUCCGUACUGAACUAUUAGAUCUGAGGAAAAACUAUCAGUGCUGUAUGAACUAUAAAUCUGAUAAUUAGUACUUUAUUCGAUGGAGGACUUGGGAGUUGGGUGAUUUGCUCUGAUGGAAGGUUUUUUGUUGGAUGGCUUUUUUUGCUUUCAGUGGCCUAAAGACGUGCAAUGCUAGCAUAUGCUCCAAGGAUAUGAUGUUGUCUUUUAAUUACUAUGUGGGUCAGAUUGAGAGGCAGGAAAGCAUAGCUGUUGGAUGUGGGCCCUAGAAUCAAAAUGCCUGGAUUCACAUCCUUGCUCUGCCGUGACCACAGACUUUCAGCUGAACUCUCAUCUCUCAACACUGGCAAAUAUUCAUAAGAUCUACCACACCCUUAAUAAGCUAAAUCUAACAGAAGACGUUGGCCAAGACGAUCACCAAACAGGAAGCCUGCGAUCUUGCAGUUCUUCAGACUGCUUUAGUAAAGUGAUGCCCCCAAGGAAAAAGAGAAGACCUGCCUCUGGAGAUGACUUAUCUGCCAAGAAGAGUAGACAUGAUAGCAUGUAUCGAAAAUACGAUUCGACUAGAAUUAAGACUGAAGAAGAGGCCUUCUCAAGUAAGCGGUGCUUAGAGUGGUUCUAUGAAUAUGCAGGUACUGAGGAUGUUGUGGGUCCUGAAGGAAUGGAGAAAUUUUGUGAAGACAUUGGUGUAGAACCUGAAAACGUAGUUAUGCUUGUCCUAGCUUGGAAAUUGGACGCACAAAACAUGGGUUAUUUUACUCUACAAGAAUGGUUAACAGGAAUGACUUCUUUACAAUGUGAUACAACAGAAAAACUCAGAAAUUCUUUGGAUUGCUUGAGAUCAUUAUUAAAUGAUUCUACAAACUUUAAGCUUAUUUAUAGAUAUGCAUUUGACUUUGCACGGGAAAAGGACCAGCGCAGCCUAGACAUAAACACUGCCAAGUGCAUGUUGGGACUAUUAUUAGGAAAAAUCUGGCCCCUUUUUCCAGUUUUUCACCAAUUCUUAGAGCAAUCAAAAUAUAAAGUGAUUAACAAAGACCAGUGGUGCAAUGUACUUGAAUUCAGCAGAACAAUUAACCUUGACCUCAGCAACUAUGAUGAAGAUGGAGCAUCCUUGUUUUUUCUCUCUCCAGGGCCAGUCUUGUUGGAUGAGUUUGUGGAGUGGUAUAAAGACAAACAGAUGUCCUAGGACUAUAUGCAUAGCAGCACGAGAGUCACUGUUACCACAGUUAUGUCACCCAUUAGCCAUAAAUUGCUGUUUGUAUCAAAGCGCAUGCUGCUUUUCUUGCACUGUCUCCCUUUUGCAGGGAUGUUUUGGUGUUUGCUGUUGAAUGGGCCAGCUCUGCUUGCUGUGUAGCAUUGUUCUCUUGGAAGGCUGCUUUCCAGUUUGUAUUUUCACUACAGAUUGGUGAAUUUGCCAAUGUCCUCACUGUGAUUAUGUGUAUAUUGCUGUUUAAAUUUUGUAUAUGUGUAUAAAAAGCUUCACCUAGAGAUUAUUUCUGCAAAAAUGUAUUGUAAAAAUAAUUUUGUGGCAUAUUUCUAGUCCCUUUUUUCAAAUGAACCAGUUAUAUUUUAUUUGAUCUCAAAUGUAGCAUUUCAGAAAACAAGACAAAACAACUGUUACCAUAACCAUAACCGAAUGUUGCCAGAAUUAACCUUACUAUUUAAGAGGCCAAUUUCUGGAAGAGGAGGUAGGAGUGAUAACUUUUCAAUGGCUCAUGCCAAAUAUCAUUUGUUUUACUUAAUAAUAUUAGUGUUUUAAAAUGAUGAAAGUUGUAAUUAUUGAUCAUGUAGACAGGUAACAUGCCACAAAUGACUUUCACCAUGCAAGAUAGUUUUUUGUUUUUAAUGUUAAAACUGUAGUAGCUUGAAUAUAAGUACAAAUGAACAAAUUGGAAUUGCACCUUUUUAAAAAAUUGGAGUUUAAAUUCAAAUAAACUUUCUUUUCUCUUUUUUGCCCUUUCACAUUCCUCCAGCGUUUGGUCUGCUGAUGCUCUUUAUGCCAUGCUGAGUAAAGUUUAUUUUACUGCCUCCAUGAAAAUCUACUGGCUUCCUGGCAAUUUAUAACUGCAGAGCACUUUUAGUUUGAAUUUUUUUCAGUUAGAUUUCAUGAUGUCUAAUUUCCUAGUUUUAUGGAAAAGAAACUGUAAGUGAGAAGUGUUUUGUUUUGUUUUCCUUGUUUAUUUCAUGCUAGGCUUUUCCUGGCAACGUGUUCAUUGCAGGCAGUGGACACGAAACCACCAGCAUUGAGCUAACCCUUCUCACACUCUAGGACCUUUUCCUGGAGGGGCCACUUGUCAUUACCUGAAUCAUUUGUACAGAAGAGUGAUAGCCAUUAUUUAUGUGUAUGAGGAAACAAGGAUGGUAUGUUUAGAUUUGUAUUUUAUGUCUUUUUUUUUUUUUUUUGGCCUUGAGAAAAUGUGUAGAGUACAUUUUCACCCCACCUAUCUGGUGCUAUUGAAUGACUAACCUGGUCCCUAAAGUUUUGUGAACAUAUAAUGGUCUAAUGAUUUAACCAAGUAAAGCGCCAAGAUGCAUUUGAGUAAGUGAUUGCUGUGAUUGUGAGCAAUAUCCAUGCUUGAGCAUGUAAUGAUUUGGAGUAUUGGCCAAAAAGUUUUUUAGAUUAAAUGUGAACCUUUAAAUGAUGUUAAAUGAGUAAAGCACACAGACAAUGCUACUCUUGACCAUUGCUUUACAGUUUUUUUUGCAAAUGGUGUUCUGAUUUUCAUAUUAUUUUUUCCCUACCUGAACCACCAAAGACAGAAAUUUUGUGUAUAUAGUGUGUGUCCAUAUACAAAAUCACGAUAUGGUAGAAUGCAGCUAUUUCCUUUUUCUUCUGAACAAUAAGGUUUGGUUUGCUGUGAAAUAAACCAGAAGUUUUAAAAACAUUAGUGAUUAAGCAUACUUAACCAUUCCUUGUUUUUAGUCUCACUUUUAACCUUAGAAGUUUAUAUCAGUUUGCAUAAAUUAAUAUCUGAAAAGGAAAUGUCAGUAGAAUACAGCAGCUAUUGAGACUGUCAUGUCAAAAGGCGGUCUGAUUCAUGUUAUCAUAAUGGGGAUUGGCCAUUGGCAGGUUUGGAUCUAUGGAGAGUUGAAUUAUUUUCAGAUAUACCCCAGUGAAAUGUUUAAAAAUCACACUUUAAAGGUAACAGGUCUUAAAUUUGAUAACUUCUGUUUUCCUGAAAGCAAAUAUAAAUCAUAGAUGAAAUUUCUUUUAAAUGUUAGACUCUGGAGAAUUUUUAAAUACUAAGCACAGUUAAUCCUAAAAUAAAAGGAUUGUAAUAAGGGGGAAAUGGUACAUUUCAUCCACAGUGAACAUUUUGAUAAGAGAAAACCCAAGUAAAACCAACUUUAUGAUACAUGAUAUGAAAGUAUUUCAGUGGGAUAAUCUUGAAUAUUUAGAAAAUAAAUCUAAACUACCCGGAAAAAUAAGCCUCUGUAAGUGCUGGUCGCUGUGUGCUUACACUUGGUUUCUUCAUUUUAUGUAUUUUUAAGAGAAAGUAAUAAGACACUUUUUCUGAAAAUUUGCCUAAGUUACACAGUACUGAACAAUUCAUCAAGCACUUAUUUGUGUGAGCUAAUGUCUAAUAAAUUAGGGUGCCUUCUUCUGGUUUUUCUUUAGUACCCGAGUCUACAUCCUUUCUUUCUUGCCUUGUGCUUUGAAGUCUAUUUUGCAAUGCUCUGUUGUUAGGGAGUGCAACUUUUUAGGUCAGAAAUUUCAUUGUUUGAUUUGCCAUAAACACUGUAAUGUUAUAUGCCCCUUUUUUGAAGCAUGAACUUUGAAUUAAGUUUUUAUAAAUCUAACAAAACAGACUUCUAGAUCCUGGUUUAACAACAGAUUUCUUUUGCCUCUCGGUCCCCAUUCUGACAGUGCUUUUGAAAUUUAUACAGAAGGCUUUAAAAGUUAGUUUGUGCCCUCAGUUUUUAUUCUUACAACUGCUAAAAUACCUCUGUAAGCCUUAUCCUUUAUUCUUUCAUAAGUUGUAUAAUAAGUGUAUAGAAUUCAUUGACCAACUAAAAUGUUGGGUAUCUGUAAAUGAGACCGAAAUGUGGGUUGCUUUUUUUUUCAUAAAAUAAUUUUUAUUGGGGGUUACUGUUAAAUGAACAGCAACUAACCUAUAACUGUGAAUGCUUCAUGUCGUCAGUAUUUGCAUUACAUUCAUAAAAGUGUGCAAGUCCUGUGACUCCCAGCUUAACUAAAAUACUGUUAACGCCACCUAAUGAGUACAGCAUAUUGGUUUUAGUUUUUAAUGGAAUUGGUGUAAAAUGAUAUCCCAUAAAUAAAAAAGUAUUUGUGUUUGAUUUCAGAA